AUGUGGCAGCGCCAUCCGUGCCACGCCGCGCCGCAGGACAACGACUAUGUCUACGUGCUCUUCUACUCGCCCAAGGGCCGGCUGAACAUCGACAUCUCCGCGAAGUUCGAACAGCUGGCGCGUGAGUGGAAGUGGUCCCGGAUCCACUUUGGACGCAUCGACGUCGACAAGGAUCGAGACAUGUCGAAGAGGUGGGUCGACUCCAACAUGGUGCCUACGAAUGUGAUGUACAAGUUCGGGCGGCCUGUGGAGGUGAAGCCUAAGGACUUUGAGGUGAUCCGAGACAAGUAUCAAGGAAACCCGGAUGGGCAGAAGUGGAUGCUCACAAAGUACAUGGGUGAAGAUGCUGAAGGACAGCAAGAGCUUAACACCGGUGGAGGUGUUAUUCACUCAUCCAAAAUUAAUAAGACACCUUUGUUGGGUCGCUUUAACAGCCCCUGCUUUCUAAACAUCUCUGGAGUCGUCUUUCACAACACUCAGGAUAAUGCAAGUUUGAGCCCAAUUCGAAGCCAUCCAUGCUAA